AUGAAAGACCAGCGAGUCCAGGUGCCUGCAUCGCCCUCGCAGUCCCAAGCAAACGCGUUUUCGGCUCUCUUUGCACCUUCUGACAAGAACUCCCUCUCCAGCUUUGCCUACAACCCUUCGAAACCGGCAUCCAAUGGACAGAGACCCUCGGCAGCAACUCCCGCAGCCUUCACUGAAGAGCAGAAGCAGCGCCUGCAACGACUGAAGCCCAUGUUCAACCAGCUGCCCCUCGUCAAGCUGAGAGAAGCAGUUGCUAACAGCACCGAUUUCGACCGAGCUGUGGCAUACCUUCGACGACAGGGUAGCAUUCCAUCUUCUUCUAUAAACUCCGCGCCAACCCAUCGAAAGCCUGCUUCACUGGUCAAUCCGUUGGCUUUCCUCAACCCUUCUGUCACCACCAAGCCUGCCCCUCUGUCAACCAAACGGGAGGUUUCCAAGUCCAAGAGUAUCAGAGAGAAAUGGAAAAAGGAGGAGCCUAAAGCUGAGGACGAUCUCGUUGUCAUGGAAGACAAGCCUAGUGCACCCAAGAGAAGGCUGGUGCAGGCAAAAGACCGAGCAGGAUAUACCCCUCAGCCCACACGGUCUCCCACUCCAUUGUCUCCUGUGUCCAUUUCUCGAGACACUCCCAUGGAUAUCGAUGAAGCAGAGGCCGACGAAUCUGACGACUUCUCUGAGAAGGAAGAUGUCGACCCUGGCUUCGAUCUCAGAGUGUUGGAGUUCCUCAACACCUCUUCUCAGAGAGACCUCAUCGACCUGUCGUCGUGUUCCCAGAAGGUCGGUGAGCUCAUGGUCAAGAACCGACCCUACAAGAACCUGCUGCAGGCCCAAAACGUUGAGUUUUCUGACUCGGAAUCCUCAUCUACUGAGAAGAAGCGGGGACGAGGAGGCCGAAAGCGAAACGCCGGAGAACGUAUUGUUGAUGCCGUCUCCGCUACUCUUCGAGGCUACGAGGCGGUGGACUCGUUGAUCCAGAAGUGUGACGUCUUGGGUAACCAGGUGGCUGCCGAUAUCAAAUCUUGGGGUGUGGAUAUUUUUGGAGCUAAGGACGGAGAGGGUGUUGACAUUACAGACAUAGACGAGGACGUUGUCAAGAAGUCGACGGUCAAGUUCCUCACCGAGAAGCCCUCUAUUCUCAGUGACGAUCUUGUUCUGAAGGACUACCAGCAGGUUGGAAUCAACUGGCUGUAUCUGCUCUACAAGAAACGGCUAUCUUGCAUUCUGGCCGAUGAGAUGGGUCUCGGAAAGACCUGCCAGGUCAUCUCUUUCAUGGCUCUGCUGAAGGAGCAAGGAGAACACGAGGGUCCCCAUCUUGUCGUGGUGCCUUCUUCGACACUGGAAAACUGGCUGCGAGAGUUCCAGAAAUUCGCACCCUCUCUAGUUGUCGAGCCUUACUAUGGCUCCCAGAACGAACGCGCCGAGAUGCGAGAGACUCUGUCCGACCCCGAGAAUAAAUACGACGUCAUUGUGACCACCUACAACCUGGCUUGUGGCACCAAAUUCGAUGUGUCCUUCCUAAAGUCCAUCAAAUUUAAUUGCUGUGUUUACGAUGAGGGCCAUAUGCUGAAGAACUCUCAGACUGACCGAUACAACAAGCUAAUGCGACUCAAGGCCAAUUUCCGACUUUUGCUGACAGGUACUCCUCUGCAGAAUAACCUCCGGGAGCUUGUGUCUCUGCUUGCAUUUAUCAUUCCGUCUCUAUUUGAUGGUUGUAAGGACGAUUUGGCAGAGAUAUUCAAGCACAAGGCCACCACUAAUGACGCCUCUUCACACAUGCCUCUCUUGUCACAGCAGCGAGUUAACCGUGCAAAGACAAUGAUGACUCCAUUCAUUCUGCGACGAAAGAAGGAGCAGGUGCUGAAGCAUCUGCCUCCCAAGACUCACGAAGUCGCAUACUGCCAUCUUUCUCCUGAUCAACAGGCCAUUUACGACGAGCAGAUGGAGCGAAUGAGACAGAUGCGACGAGACAGAGCUGCUGGCAAGCCUUCCUCUCGAGUUGGAAACCCCCUCAUGCUUCUACGUAAGGCGGCUCUUCAUCAUCUGCUUUUCCGACGAAAGUUCGACGAUGACACUCUCAAGAGCAUGUCCAAGGAGAUCAUGAAGGAGGAGCGGUACUACGAUGCUAACCGAGACUACAUCCGAGAGGAUAUGGAGGUCAUGAGCGACUUUGAGCUAAACAGAUUAGCUCUCCAGUUCCCCAGCAUCGAGAAGUAUGCUCUGGAAGAGGAGCCAUGGAUGGACGCUGCCAAGGUUAAGAAGUUGGCCGAGAUGCUGCCUAUCAUGAAGGAAAACAAUGAUAGAGUCCUCAUUUUCUCGCAGUUCACCCAGUGCUUGGACAUUCUUGAGUCUGUUCUUAACACUCUGGGAAUUGCAUUUCUCCGCCUGGACGGCCAAACCCCCGUCGAGGCCCGGCAAGACAUGAUCGACAAGUACUAUGAGGAGACUGAUAUCACCGUCUUCCUGCUCUCUACCAAAGCUGGAGGGUUUGGUAUUAACUUGGCAUGUGCUAACACUGUUAUCAUUUUCGAUCUUUCGUUCAACCCUCAUGACGAUAAGCAGGCCGAGGAUCGAGCUCAUCGAGUCGGUCAGACUCGGGACGUCCGAGUCAUUAGACUGGUGUGUAAGGGUACUGUGGAGGAGAAGAUUCUUGAGCUCAACAAUACCAAGCUGGCUCUGGACAAAAGUGUGUCUGGUGAGGGUGGUGAAGAGGAGGCCAAGAAGAACGAGUCCAAGAUCGAGGAGAUGCUGAUGGCGGAUGACGAGUAG